CUCACUGUGGCUUUGCCAGUGUUCCUUGUUGUCCUUUUCUGCUGUUCUGGGAAGAAACAGCCAAGUGCUGCAGAAUACAAAAAGACUGAUGCUCCUCAGCCUGAUGUGAUGGAUGAGGAGAAAGAAGAAGAAAAAGAUAAAGGGGACAAGGAAGAGGAGGAGGAAGAAGAGGAAGCAAAUGAGGAAAAGCUAGAAGAGAAGCAGAAAAGUGAUGCUGAUAUAGGAAGUGCUAGUCAAGAGGAGGAGGAAGAGGAGGAGGAAGAAGACAGGAAACCUGCAUCAGAGGAGGAGGAGACUGUGAAUAGAUCACCCAGAAACAGAAAGCCAAGGAAAGAUUGAAAAAAGUCGUAAGAACUUGAUCUGUGAUUUUUUUUCUUUUUUUUUUUUUUUUUUUUUUGGAAACAUGGUUCUGGGAGAGGACCUUGGACACCUUACAUUGAAACUUGGACAAACCUCAAGAUUUCACCAUCCACAGGUUCCAGUCACACUAUCCAAUGUAAUGGAGUGUCUAGCAGUAAAAUAUUUGCAAUCAUCUGUUUUAAAGAACAUCAUUCCUGUAGAAAGAAUGCAUUUAAUAUAAUGGGAUGUGGAUUUUGGAAUGUAACAUAACUAACCUUUUCAUUUUUUUUGUUUUAAAUAUUCUUUUCUGUUUUUAAGUAGAUUGGUAGGACUUUUCUGGUCUCAAACCUUGGCUUAAUUUAAUAUAUUAAUUAGUGAAAAAUAACAAUCUUGAAAGUGCUAGGUGAUAAAAUGCAGUUUUAUAACUAGUUUUUUUUACAAAUAUGUAAAUUCCUAAAUGCACCAAUGUCUUUAUAUCCCUUAAAAUUUGAUAAUCGUGUAAAGAAAAGUUGUCAAUGUAUUUGACAACCCCUCUGCCCUGAAAAGAAAAGUGGAGGGGAUGUAUGGGGGAAACAAGUAGUGAAACUCUCUAAUCAACUUCAUUCUUUUGGGGGGAGGGGAAAGAGGAAGAAGGGGUGGAAGGAAGGAGUUAGUCUAUAGAAUAUACAUACUGUGCAUGGCUAAAGCCCUGUUAAAUGUUGACAAACGAUCUAGGAUUUGGAGUGGGUCAUCUUAAUGUGACGUUUAAUCCUGCGGACCUUGCAAAUAAUGGAUUUUGUUAGUUCUUGAACUCUUGUUUGUAAAGCAAAUGGAUUGCUGGGGGCGGGGUUAGGCUACUUCCCCCUUUCCCCUCUGUUUGGCCACUGAUGCUUUUGUUUCUCUGUGACUGUACAGCUUUUUCUGAGUGCAGCUUUGCCUCAGUUAUUGAAGUGCUUCAUGUUCAGCUCAUCAUCGAACUCUGUUUUUAUAGCUAGGCCUACUCCUUUCCAGGGUCCAAACACUGGAUAGGACAGUGUCCCAUAUCCUCUCACUGUUAUCACUGUAUGUCUACUCCUGUAGGAAUGGAGGAGGUAGUCACGUAGACAAGUUGAACUGAGUAUUUGUAAAG